GAUUUCCGGAAGUAAACAAAGAGCCCUAAGUCGGAAUUUACUUAACUAACUCAACUUGUUAAAAAUAAUGUAGUCGUAGAUCUACUAGAUUUAGCCGGCUCUAAUUUUACAAAGUGUAUCAGUGAAUAUCUCUUUAAAAGUCUUUAAGGUAUACUUCUUUUUUUUUCUGUCACGUUAUAGUGUAAUAAUUGAUUUUAGUGCAAUAAAUUAAAAACUCCCCAUUUGCAGACUACCGUGCCGUAUUGCGGUCUUAGUCUUAGGCCUAGGCCUAUUUGAAUUUGAUUUGCCUUCUUCGCCUUCACGUUUUUACUAUGCUGCCUUGCUUUACCUUAUGUUAUGAUAUAUAAUAUAUAAUAAUCAUGUAAAAUAUAAGACCUAUGGAGCUAAAACUACAAAUACAUUUGCAAUUAAAUAGAUUGCCAUCAAUUAAUUUGAGUCAGUAUGAUGUUUUAAUUAAUUUGUUUUCCAAUAUUAGUAAUUAGUAUUAGUAAUUAGUAAGUAAUAGUAUGAUUGUAGGCUACUUAACUUUCCUUGGUUUUAUGGCUUUAAAGCGAUUUAAAAAUAAAAGUAUUUAAGGAUUCAGAUUCACUAGAUCAACAAGUUUUUUUAAAAUUGAAUUCAGCUGAUGUUUAGACUAGACAGAAUUUUUAACUUUUUCCCAAUCUCAGGCUAAAUGUAAAAGUAAAAGCAAUAUAAUAUAUUAUAUACAAGAAGCAAUACAUAGAUUAUAGAUACACAUAAGUAAGGUAAGCUAAUUAUAGUAAAAUUAAUGUGAAAUUUAUAGGUAAUCUUGGCCUACGUUAGACAUUUUUAACAAUUAAACUUUUUUUAAUUACUGCAUUCAGUCAUUAUUUUGAUAUCUUGUGGCUUGUGGGAUCUGUCUAGUUGGAACCAUUUAAUGAAACGAAAGAUUCAGGAAAGUCAUAGACAUUAGUUUGAUUCUACACUUAAUAGAAACAGUGAUUCUAUAUAUCUUACCAAAUUGUCAAUGAGUUGCGCCAGUGCUCCUGCACUGUGUAGUCGCAGUACAUUCCAGGGGGUCAUCCAUAAAUCAUGUCCUUGUCUAGGAAUAGGUUGAAAUUCAAUAAUGUCUAUCCAAUUUUCUGUUUAUAAUGUAAUUUCAUAAAUAUAUUUUUUUUCCAUGACAGCAUCGUUAGCCUUGCACACAAAUUUCAACCUAUUCCUAGACAAGGACAUGAUUUAUGGAUGACCCCCUGGAAUGUACUGAGACUACACAGUACAGGAGCAUUGGCGCAGCUCAAUAGAAUAGAGUCUGGGGAUACCCCCUACAGCUCCCAGGGUAGCUACCUUUGUUUUUUUUGGUUCCUAGCCUUCUUACUGACAGAAUAACAGCAAUUGCUGAUUUUGGUCUGCCCUAGAUAUUUUCCUCCCAGUCCCCGCAAUAACUGAAGGGCAUUCCCUGUCUUCUGUUCACACUAGUUCUGAUGACUGCACUUAUGAGCUUAUUAACAUCAAUUUUUUAAGGAACAAGUUGGUUUUCCAUAAACCAACAAUAUAAAUAUUCCUAAAGUAUAUUGUAAUGCAUAACAAGAACUAGAUUAAUCUUAGAGCCAUCCAUUAACUUUAAUCUGUUGACUUUAACUUAUUUAUUAUUUUAAGGGUCAUUCUACUUAUAUUUCUAUAUAAUUGAUGAUCGAUAAAUUAAGGGGUACAAGCAGCAAUGUUGGGUACCAGUAGCUGUGUUUAACAUUGUUUUGUAUCAUGUUAAAUAUUAAUUUGCAUUUCACUGAAGAGAUAAUUUAUUUGUUUUUAAUACUCUUUUAGGAGCGAUGUUCAACCAAAUGUUACGGCAUUGGAGAACACUAGCGCGACUGACUUGUGGCGUUGCCCUUGUCUGCUUUUUGUUAUGGGUAUACUGGAGGCCAGCUGUUCAUGCAUAUAAAUUUGUCUUAAGCGCCGAGUACAGACGGUGUGUUCUUCAAAGUCGAAACUAUGAAUUAGAGGUAUAUCAAAUUAUCUUCAGCUCUGGGUGAAUAGCAGGGUGGCUUGAUUCAGUUAAGUGGGGCAGCUUAUCUUGAGGAGAAAGAAAACGCUGAAUAAAAAUCCUCAACUCUGAAUAAAAAAGCUCAACUCUGAACAACGUUGAGUGGGGUUAAAAUAUGAUGUUUCUACAAUAAACAGCUGUGUAAUUAGAGCUGCUGGAAUAAAUCGAGAAAUUAAUUUUUAAAAGCGCAUUGCUCAGCGCUGUAAAUUUAAUCUACAUCAGUCUACAUUUAAUAAUUAUACUUUUGGAAAUUAGCUUCAUUCAUUAAUAAAUACUGGUAUUUAAAUUUUUUUUUUUAAUAAUUGGUGCAAUGCGCAAAGUUGUCCAAAUUUUUUGAUUUAUUCAAUUUGAUUUCCAAGAGAUUAAUGACGUAUUUUACUAUUCCAGGAAAAGUCGACUCCUCUCUAUGUGACGCUUGAAUACCAUGGUAGAUUAGGAAACUGGAUGUACAGCUAUGCUUCCCUCUUAGGCAUUGCUAAAGCUAAUGCAUACAUACCAUACCUAUCCUCCUCACAUCCUCUUGUAAGCUAUUUUUCUCUUACCAAAAUACAGGCGAAUGAAGCAGAAUGUCUUCAGAAAGUUUAUGAUGAUCUGCCUUGUACCUACAAUCCCGAUUUUAUGAAUUUACCUGCUGGAAAUAUAUCUAUUGAUGGUUACGUGCAAUCUUGGAAAUAUUUUCGGUUUAUGGAUGAAGAAAUACGAAGAGAAUUCAAAAUGCAUGCACAUCUGAAGACUGCCGCAAGAGAGCAAUUUUGGGGGUAUGUUGGCAAAUACCUCAAAGAAGGUCGUUUGAUAAUCAGCAUCCAUGUUAGGAGGGGUGAUGUAUUAAGACCAGAAGCACGAAGACUGGGCUUCACUGCCGCCCCGAAAGCUUACUUUGACAAUGCCAUGAAUUAUAUGCUCGAAAGGUAUCCUCAUUCUGUAUUCUUUGUGACAUCUGAUGAUAUUCAUUGGUGCAAAGAAAAUAUCAUACCACCACAGAAAAAUGGUAUGCCAGUGCCAAUAGUGUUUUCGUCAAGCACAACUUCUUGGGAAGAUUUCGCCAUGUUGACAUUGUGCAAUCAUUCCAUCUUGUCAGUAGGAACAUUUGGCUGGUGGAGUGCAUGGUUAGCCAAUGGUCAUGUGGUUUACUAUAAAGAAUUUCCACUUCCAGACACCAAGAUUGAUUUUGAAACAAAUAAAGAAGAUUAUUUUCCAACUCACUGGGUUGCAUUAUCAAGCAGUCAAAGCAGUAAACAUUUAAAUCUAUAUUUCUAUUUUUUGUUUAUUCUAUUAGAAUUUUGUUUAAACCAAUUAUUUCAAUGUUGAACUAUUUUUUUUUGGUUAUAAACUCUGAUUACAUUGAAAGCCUUACCAUCUUAAAACAAACUAUAAGUAUUUCGUGACUCAGUCAUGGCUGAAUUUUCUGUUGAAUAAUACUUUAAAGUAAAGUGAAUAUGUUCUGAAAUUUCUUUUGUUUGAAAUAAUCCUUCAGCCCGCUUAUUCACAACUUAGUUUAUGUAUUUUGUUCUACUCAAGCUUUGUACUUUAACUUGAUCACAGUCAAACCUUUUAAUUCCUUGACAUAGAAGCUAUCACAGUCAAACAUUCUUAUUUCCUUGACAUAGAAGCCAUCACAGUCAAACCUUAAAAUUCCUUGACAUAGAAGCUAUCACAGUCAAACAUUCUUACUUCCUUGACACAGAAGCCAUAAUCACAGCCAAACGUUAUUAUUUCCUUGACAUAGAAGCCAUCACCGUCAAAUCUUUUACUUGCUUGACAUAGAAGCCUUUCAAUGUAAUCGAAUUAUGUAAACUUUAACAAAAAAAUCUAAAUGCUCAAAGUUCCGAGGCCCUUUUAGAAAAUUUGUCUAUGAUGAUAUUAGGGGGUGGUAAUGAAUUUUGUUUACAAAUGAAUUGUUCCCAUUUAUCGGUAACCUUUACUUGCAUUUGUGUUGAGAACGUUUUAAAUUUAAUUUUCCGGCACUGACAAGACAAUAUCAAAAACACAAUUUGUUAAAUUUGUUGUCACUCACGAAGAAAAUUGUGCAGAAUGUUUUUCUGUUUUCGUAAGUUACACAUACAUGUUCAUGCACUUUAUUUUCAUUCAUAGCUAUUCAAGCCAUUGUUUUUAUAGUGAUAGUUCACUUUGUGCUUUUUAAUUAAAUUUCUAGUAUAUUUCAUGGUGAAGUGUUACUGUAUCAAAAUAUGGCUUAUUUCAUUUGUUUUAAUGUCUGAAGAUAUCAAAAUAUGGCUAAUUCCAUGUGUUUUAAUGUCUGAAGAUAUCAAAAUAUGGCUUAUUCCAUGUGUUUUAAUGUCUGAAGAUAUCAAAAUAUGGCUGAUUCCAUGUGUUUUUAUGUCUGAAGAUAUCAAAAUAUGUCUGAUUCCAUGUGUUUUAAUGUCUGAAGAUAUCAAAAUAUGGCUUAAACCAUGUGUUUAAUGUCUGAAGAUAUCAAAAUAUGGCUAAUUCCAUGUGUUUUAAUGUCUGAAGAUAUCAAAAUAUGGCCUAUUCCAUGUGUUUUAAUGUCUGAAGAUAUCAAAAUAUAGCUUAAUCCAUGUGUUUUAAUGUCUGAAGAUAUCAAAAUAUGGCCUAUUCCAUGUGUUUUAAUGUCUGAAGAUAUCAAAAUAUGGCUUAAUCCAUGUGUUUUAAUGUCUGAAGAUAUCAAAAUAUGGCUUAUUCCAUGUGUUUUAAUGUCUGAAGAUAUCAAAAUAUGGCUGAUUCCAUGUGUUUUAAUGUCUGAAGAUAUCAAAAUAUGGCUUAAACCAUGUGUUUAAUGUCUGAAGAUAUCAAAAUAUGGCUAAUUCCAUGUGUUUUAAUGUCUGAAGAUAUCAAAAU